AUGUACGGCACAUCGACCGGUCCUCAAACCGGAAUUAACACUCCUCGAUCCUCCCAAUCUCUCCGCCCUCUUAUCCUUUCGCAUGGCUCUCUCGAGUUCUCCUUCCUCGUUCCUACCUCGCUUCACUUCCAUGCGUCCCAGUUGAAAGAUAGCUUCACCGCUUCCCUACCGGAACCCACAGAUGAAUUGGCUCAAGAUGACGAGCCUUCAUCAGUGACUGAGCUUGUGGCUCGCUACAUUGGCCAUGUGGCACACGAGCUUGACGAGGGCGAGGAUGAUGCGUCAGGCAACUACUUGGAUGUGCUGAAGCUCGUGAUGAACGAAUUUGAACGUGCUUUCAUGCGCGGUAACGAUGUCCACGCCGUGGCUGCUGCCCUCCCCGGUAUUGUGGCCAAGAAGAACCAGGUCGCCGAGGCCUACUAUGCUGGACGAGCUGCGGCGGGCCGGCCCACCAAGCCUUACGACUCAGCUUUGUUCCGUGCGGCCUCUGAUGAGACUGCCGGUAUCUACUCCGUCUUCGGUGGACAGGGCAACAUCGAGGAAUAUUUUGAUGAAUUGCGCAGCAUUUACAACACCUACCCCUCCUUUGUGGAGGACCUUAUUACUUCCUCCGCAGAGCUGCUUCAAUCGCUCUCCCAUGAGCCCGAGGCGAGCAAGCUCUACCCUAAGGGUCUGGAUAUCAUGCGCUGGCUGCAGGAUCGGGACGCUCAGCCCGAUAUCGAUUAUCUGGUGUCCGCCCCAGUGAGUCUGCCUUUGAUUGGUUUGGUUCAGUUGGCCCACUACACAGUGACCUGCAAAGUCUUGGGUCGCCAGCCCGGUGAUAUCCUGGAGCGUAUUCUGGGAACCACCGGUCACUCCCAGGGUGUAGUGACCGCUGCUGCUAUUGCGACUGCCACCAGCUGGGAGUCUUUCGCCAAGGCUGCUAAGAACGCCUUGACGAUGCUCUUCUGGAUUGGUCUUCGCAGCCAGCAGGCUUAUCCCCGUACUUCCCUCGCUCCCUCCGUUCUUCAGGACUCGAUUGAAAACGGUGAGGGUACUCCUACUCCUAUGCUGUCCAUCCGUGACCUCUCUCGCACCGCCGUUCAGGAGCACAUUGAUGCCACCAACCAACAUUUGCCCGAGGACCGUCACAUCUCCAUCUCUCUGAUUAACAGUGCCCGCAACUUUGUUGUUACUGGUCCCCCCAUCUCGCUCUACGGUCUCAACCUUCGUUUGCGUAAGGUCAAGGCCGCUACUGGCCUCGACCAGAACCGUGUGCCCUUCACCCAGCGCAAGGUUCGCUUCGUCAACCGUUUCCUCCCCAUCACUGCUCCUUUCCACAGCCAGUACCUCACCUCUGCUUAUGACCGCAUUCUGGACGACCUCGAGGAUGUUGACAUCCCCGCCAAGUCCCUUGUGAUCCCCGUCUUCGACACCAAGACCGGUGAAGAUCUGCGCUCUCUCGGUGACAAGAGCGUCGUUCCCUCUCUGGUUCGCAUGAUCACUCACGAUCCUGUCAACUGGGAGCAGGCUACCGUCUUCCCCGGUGCUACUCACAUCCUUGACUUCGGCCCUGGUGGUAUCUCCGGUCUGGGUGUUCUCACCAACCGUAACAAGGACGGCACUGGCGUUCGCGUCAUUCUUGCCGGUGAGAUGGACGGCACUAACGCCGAGGUUGGCUACAAGCCCGAGUUGUUCGACCGUGAUGAGCACUCCGUCAAGUAUGCCACCGACUGGGUUAAGGAACACGGCCCCCGUCUGGUGCAGACUUCUACUGGUCAAACCUACGUUGACACCAAGAUGAGUCGCCUGCUCGGCAUUCCCCCCGUGAUGGUUGCUGGUAUGACCCCCACUACCGUCGCCUGGGACUUUGUGGCCGCCACUAUGAACGCUGGCUACCACAUUGAGUUGGCUGGUGGUGGUUACUACAACGCCAAGACCAUGACCGAGGCCAUCACCAAGAUUGAGAAGGCCAUUCCUCCUGGACGUGGUAUCACCAUCAACUUGAUCUACGUCAACCCCCGUGCCAUGGCCUGGCAGAUCCCUCUCAUCGGCCGCCUGCGUGCCGAGGGUGUUCCCAUUGAGGGUCUGACCAUUGGUGCCGGUGUGCCCUCCAUUGAGGUCGCCAACGAGUACAUUGAGACUCUUGGUAUCAAGCACAUCGCCUUCAAGCCCGGUUCCGUCGACGCCAUCCAGCAGGUCAUUAACGUUGCCAAGGCCAACCCUAAGUUCCCCAUCAUCCUUCAGUGGACCGGUGGUCGUGGUGGUGGUCACCACUCCUUCGAGGACUUCCACCAGCCCGUGCUUCAGAUGUACGGCCGUAUUCGCAAGCAGGAUAACAUUAUCCUUGUUGCUGGCAGUGGUUUCGGUGGCUCCGAGGACACCUACCCUUACCUCUCUGGUGAGUGGUCUCACAAGUACGGCUACCCUCCCAUGCCUUUCGAUGGUUGUCUCUUCGGUUCUCGUAUGAUGAUCGCCAAGGAGGCCCACACUUCUCAUAAUGCCAAGAAGGCUAUUGCCGAUGCUCCUGGUGUCGAUGAUGCCGAGUGGGAGAAGACCUACAAGGGUGCCACCGGCGGCGUCAUCACUGUCCUCUCUGAGAUGGGUGAGCCCAUUCACAAGCUCGCCACCCGUGGUGUGCUAUUCUGGCAGGAGAUGGACCAGAAGAUCUUCAAGCUUGACAAGGCCAAGCGUGUCCCGGAGCUGAAGAAGCAGCGCAACUACAUCAUCAAGAAGCUCAACGAUGACUUCCACAAGGUAUGGUUCGGUCGCAACGCCGCUGGCGAGACCGUUGACCUCGAGGACAUGACCUACACCGAGGUUGUUCACCGUAUGGUGGACCUCAUGUACGUCAAGCACGAGGCUCGCUGGAUUGAUCCUUCCCUGAAGAAGUUGACCGGUGACUUCAUUCGUCGUGUUGAGGAGCGUUUCACCACUGCCGAGGGCCAGGCUUCUCUGUUGCAGAGCUACUCUGACCUCGACACCCCCUACCCUGCCGUCAACAACAUUCUGGCUGCCUACCCUGAGGCCGCUAGCCAGUUGAUCAACGCCCAGGAUGUGCAGCACUUCUUGCUGCUCUGCCAGCGUCGUGGCCAGAAGCCCGUUCCUUUCGUUCCCGUUCUGGAUGAGAACUUCGAGUUCUUCUUCAAGAAGGAUUCUCUCUGGCAGAGUGAGGAUCUCGAGGCUGUCGUUGACCAGGAUGUCGGCCGUACCUGUAUCCUUCAGGGUCCCAUGGCCGCCCGCUUCUCCAACAUCAUUGAUGAGCCCGUCCAGGCCAUCCUUGAUGGUGUUCACCAGGGACACAUCGCCAGCCUCCUGCGUGAUGUCUACGGCAGCGAGAAGUCCAAGGUUCCCACCAUCGAGUACUUCGGUGGUCAGCUCCUGAACACCGACACUGAGUCCGAGCUUGAUGGCCUCACCGUCUCCGAGGAGUCCAACAAAAUCAGCUUCCGCCUGUCUUCUUCCCCCUCUGCUGUCCUGCCUGACGCUGACCGCUGGCUGAGCCUUUUGGCUGGCAAUGUCUACUCUUGGAGACACGCUCUUUUCCUGGCCGAUGUCUUCGUCCAGGGCCACCGUUUCCAGACAAACCCCAUGAAGCGCAUUGUUGCGCCCACUGGAGGCAUGUUCGUUGAGAUUGCCUACCCCAAUGACCCUGCCAAGACUGUCAUCAGUGUCCGUGAGCCCUAUCAGUCUGGCAAGCUUGUCAAGACCGUCGAGGCCAAGAUGAACGAGAACGGCCAGAUCAGCCUGACCCUGUUUGAGGGCCGCACCGCCGAGAGUGGUGUCACCACCCUGUCCUUCCUGUUCACCUACCACCCCGAGACUGGUUACGCUCCCAUUCGUGAGGUCAUGGGUGACCGCAACGACCGCAUCAAGGAGUUCUACUACCGUAUCUGGUUUGGUAAUAAGGACGUGCCCUUCGACACUCCUACCACUGCCACUUUCAGCGGUGGCCGUGAGACCAUCACCUCCCAGGCUGUUGCCGACUUCGUCCACGCCGUUGGCAACACUGGCGAGGCUUUCGUUGACCGUCCCGGUAAGGAGGUCUUCGCGCCCAUGGACUUUGCCAUCGUCGCCGGCUGGAAGGCUAUCACCAAGCCCAUCUUCCCCCGCACCAUUGAUGGUGAUCUCUUGAAGCUGGUUCACUUGUCCAACGGCUUCAAGAUGGUUCCCGGUGCUCAGCCCCUCAAGGUUGGUGAUGUCCUGGACACCACUGCCCAGAUCAACGCCGUCAUCAACCAGGAGUCUGGUAAGAUGGUCGAGGUUUGCGGUACCAUCACCCGCGAGGGCAAACCCAUCAUGCACGUCACUAGCCAAUUCCUCUACCGCGGUGCCUACACCGACUUCGAGAAUACCUUCCAGCGCAAAGAUGAAGUCCCCAUGCAGGUUCACUUGGCCACUAGCCGGGAUGUCGCCAUCCUGCGCUCCAAGGAGUGGUUCCGCGUGGACGACUCCGAGACUGAGCUUCUUGGUGCCACCCUGACCUUCCGUCUGCAGAGUUUGAUUCGCUUCAAGAACCACACUGUCUUCAGCAACGUCCAGACUAUUGGUCAGGCUCUUCUUGAGCUUCCUACCAAGGAGGUCAUCCAGGUCGCUUCCGUUGAGUACGAGGCCGGUGACUCCCAUGGUAACCCUGUCAUCGACUACCUCCAGCGUAACGGUACUUCCAUUGAGCAGCCCGUGUACUUCGAGAACCCCAUCCCUCUCAGUGGCAAGACCGCUCUGGAACUGCGUGCUCCCGCCUCCAACGAGACAUACGCUCGCGUCUCUGGUGACUACAACCCCAUUCACGUUUCGCGUGUCUUCUCCAGCUAUGCCAAUCUGCCCGGAACCAUCACCCACGGCAUGUACAGCAGUGCCGCUGUCCGCAGCCUUGUCGAGACCUGGGCUGCUGAGAACAACAUUGGCCGUGUUCGUGGCUUCCAGGUUUCCCUGGUCGGCAUGGUUCUGCCCAACGACAUGAUCACUGUCAAGCUCCAACACGUCGGCAUGAUCGCUGGUCGCAAGAUCAUCAAGGUCGAGGCUCUCAACAAAGAGACCGAGGAUAAAGUUCUUCAGGGUGAGGCCGAGGUUGAGCAGCCCGUUACCUCUUACGUCUUCACUGGUCAAGGUUCUCAGGAGCAGGGCAUGGGUAUGGAGCUUUACGCUAGCAGCCCCGUUGCCCAGGAGGUUUGGGAUCGUGCUGACCGCCACUUCAUGGAGAACUAUGGUCUUUCCAUCAUCGACAUUGUCAAGAACAACCCCAAGGAGCUCACCGUCCACUUCGGUGGUCCUCGUGGUAAGGCUAUCCGCCACAACUACAUGUCGAUGACUUUCGAGUCUGUCAAUGCCGAUGGUUCCAUCAAGUCCGAGAAGAUCUUCAAGGAGGUCGAUGAGAACAGCGCUUCUUACACCUACCGCUCCCCCACUGGUCUUCUCUCCGCUACCCAGUUCACUCAGCCCGCCCUGACCCUGAUGGAGAAGGCCAGCUUCGAGGACAUGCGCUCCAAGGGCUUGGUCCAGCGUGACAGUAGCUUCGCCGGUCACUCGCUUGGUGAAUACUCUGCCCUCGCUGCCCUCGCUGAUGUCAUGCCCAUUGAGAGCUUGGUGUCUGUUGUGUUCUACCGUGGUUUGACCAUGCAAGUCGCCGUCGAGCGUGACGAGCAGGGUCGCUCCAACUACUCCAUGUGCGCUGUCAACCCCAGCCGUAUCUCCAAGACCUUCAACGAGCAGGCUCUUCAGUACGUUGUUGAGAACAUCGCUGAGACCACCGGCUGGCUCCUGGAGAUUGUCAACUACAACGUUGCCAACAUGCAAUAUGUUGCCGCUGGUGACCUCCGCGCCCUGGACUGCCUAACCAACUUGCUCAACUUCCUCAAGGCCCAGAACAUUGACAUCCCCGCUCUUAUGCAGAGCAUGUCUUUGGAAGACGUCAAGGAGCACCUCGUCGGCAUCAUCCAGGAGUGUGUCAAGCAGACUGAAGCCAAGCCCCGCCCCAUCAACCUGGAGCGCGGCUUCGCCACCAUCCCUCUCAAGGGCAUUGACGUGCCUUUCCACAGCACCUUCUUGCGCUCCGGUGUCAAGCCCUUCCGUUCCUUCUUGCUGAAGAAGAUCAACAAGACCACCAUCGACCCCAGUAAGCUGGUCGGCAAGUACAUCCCCAACGUCACUGCCCGUCCCUUCGAGAUCACAAAGGAGUACUUCGAGGACGUCUACCGUCUCACCAACUCCCCUCGCAUUGCUUCCAUUCUCGCCAACUGGGAGAAGUAUGAGGAGGGUACCGAGAACGCCGCUCGUGCCGCCUAA